AUACUAUGAUGGCCAGAAUGGGAUGCUGACAUCCCAAGGUAAGGGGGUUGUACACAGCAUACACUAUAUUGCCAAAAGUAUUGGGACACCCCUCCAAAUCAUUGGAUUCAGGUGUUCCAAUCAUCUCCAUGAUCACAGGUGUAUAAAAUCAAGCACCUCGGCAUGCAGACUGCUUCUACAAACACUUAUGAAAGAAUGGGUCGCUCUCAGGAGCUCAGUGAAUUCAAGUGAGGUACCGUAAUAGGUUGCCCCCUGUGCAAUAAGUCCAUCCGUGAAAUUUCCUUGCUACUAAAUAUUCCAUGGUCAACUGUUAGUAGCAUUGUAACAAAGUGGAAGCAACUGGGAACAACAGCAAUUCGAAGUGGUAGGCCACAUAAAAUGACAGAGCAGGGUCAGCACAUGCUGAAGCGCACAAUGCGCAGAAGUUGUAAACUGUCGGCAGUAAAAGUGCCGAGGAGACUGGAACUCCACUUUAAGGCGUCAGCAUACCAAGACAUUUUGGACAAUUUCAUG